AUGCAGGCAGGGAUCUCCACUCCUCAUUUUUCUUUCUUGACAGAAGAUCUCUUUCAGAACCACCCACAUGUGGUUGAUCACCCUCACACAAUUCCCAUGGGCUUACGCAAAGCCACCACAUUGCUCUUGAACUCCCCAGACGACAGAAAGGCCUUUGACUUUGCCCGUGGCGUUCUCGUUGUCACCAAACACUUGAGAGUUGGGAGCUACAACAUCAAGGAAGAUGGUACUUUGUUUGAUCAACAAGAACGAGAAAGGCGCCAGCUGAUGAUCUACAGACGAUGUACGAAGGUGCUCACAUGCCGAGAAGUUAUCUUGGCUUUGGAUAAACAAAUUCCCUGCGACUGCCUAGCUCAAAGCAAGGCGAGGGUGCUGGCACAACCUGAAAAGUACCGUUGUGAUCAUUGCAAGAAGAUCUUGGACAAUGAAGCUGUGCAAGUCUGUCCCAAUUGCUCCGGCAGCACAAGUACAAUCCACUUCCGUGACACCAUGUACUGCUCCCGUGAAUGUCAGGUUGCUGCAUGGCCAGUACACAAGAUCUGGUGCAAAACCUAUCAGGGAAAGGCCACUUUUGAAGAGUACACUCGUAAUAUGGAAAGAAAGAAUUUUCCCCUUUACCACAGAAUCCCCGGGCGGUGA